AUGUCACGCCCAGUUGCCACUGUUCAGGAACAGAGACGCCAACGUCGAUUGGUGGACAACCUAAAUGAGGUUCCUGUUAUGGUGAUAAAUACUGGUGGGACUAUGACCAUGGAAUACCAAGAUAAUGAGAGAGAGAGACUGAACACUGCUUCUUUGCCACCUUCUGCACAGCUGAACAAUUUUCAGCAAAACUACCAGCAGUACAAUGGUGUUGUGAUCCUUCAUGGCACAGAUACAUUGGCCUACACAGCUUCCGCCCUUUCAUUCAUGUGUGAGAACCAAGGAAAGCCCAUCAUCUUGACCAUCUCUCUGAUUCCCAUCCAUGAGAUGAGAAAUGAUGCCUAUGAUAAUUUGCUUGGGGCACUGCUGAUUGCCGGAUCGUAUGUAAUACCAGAGGUUAGCCUGUAUUUUCAAGACAAAUUAUACAGAGGAAAUCGAGUGAAAAAAGUUAAUGCCGAGAGUCUUACUGCAUUUGCUUCACCUAACCUGCGCCCACUUGUCGAUGCUGAACUGGACUUUAUAAUCCAAUGGGACACUGUUUGGAGACUAAAUAUAUCUAAGAAAUUUAGGGUACAAGCCAACAUGAAUCAGAAUGUGGGAUCGUUAAGGUUAUUCCCAGGAAUCAUGGCUGCAACAGUAAAAGCAUUUCUACAACCACCGAUGGAAGGAAUUGUCUUAGAGACUUACGGAAUGGGGACUACUCCAGACAAUCGCCCUGAAUUGUUGAACGAGUUUAAGGAAGGCAUUGAUCGUAGAAUAUUGAUAAUAAACUGUAGUUAGUGUCUGCAAGGCUCAGUUCAUCAAUCUUAUGCAACAGGAAAGGCUCUUACUGACCUUGGCAUUAUUCCGGGACACGACACGACACCUGAAGCUGCUUUGGCCAAAUUGUCCUAUGUACUGGGCAAGACCGAACUUACUACACAGGAGAAGGAAAAGAUGCUGUCUGAAAAUCUGAGAGGAGAAAUGAGCACAACACUUGGCAGUACAAAGACCUCUCUUAAAGAUAGUCAAUUUAUUCAAACUAUUGCCAAGUCUCUCAAUGUCAGUUGCAAAGAGGAACUGGAGAAUAUCCGAGAUGUUUUGAUUCCUUCCUUGGAUUAUGCAGCUGCAAGGACCGGUGAUAUCAGGACAUUGGAGGAGAUACAGGAAAUGGCAAGGAUGCUCCGAGGCAUGGGAUAUUGGCGAGACCAAGCAGAUGCUGCAACAAUGGAUGAAUGGACACUAUGCAAUGAUCACCGGACAGAGGUGUUCCCUCCAGUAGGGGAACACUACAGGGGUCAAGAACAUUCAGUCUGCAAUCUUUGGUUGAAACAAAAAUGUUAUGAAGAGUAUUGGAACUUGCUGCUAAAUCCACUAUACAUAAACCUGGCUGCAUACAGUGACAUAGAAGGAUUGAAGGCUUGGCACCUUGCAGGGUUAGACUUGGACCAGUGCAGCUACGACGGACAAACUCCCCUGGAGAUUGCUUUGGCUUCUGGUAAUCAGGAAGUAACUGCAUUCCUUCAGUCGGCACUCAAGCAAAACAAGGAGACACCAUGAUCACCAUCCCUGGAUAUGUAUGGUCCCACUGAUGGGAAGGCCCAGCAGAGGCGGCGGCACAGUUGGAAGGGAGUUUCCCU